UUCUUACUUUAGCGAUCAAAGGAACAAAAAUGAGUGGAGAGAAUAUCUACAAUCUUCUCUCUACAGAAGACCCUGAAGUUCAGGAAAGUAAUCCUUACACUGGAUCUCACAAAAAACACCUAGAAGAGCCGUCGAAACCGGCAUACUCUACCUUUUUUGAGAAAGGAAAGAACUACGAUGGGACGAACGUCCGCUUUUUCAAACAGAGGGAUGCUGUGAUCGGCAGAAAUGUAGGUGAUACCAUUGACCCUAAGGACUUCUUGAACAAGGGUAAAGGUACACACAAGGUUGUUCCCCCAAUUCAUAAGGAAAAGAUCUAUCUUAAACCUCGUUUAGGACCAGAGGUUUUUCCCAAUAAGAGCAAUCGACAGGAAAACGGUGUACAUUACUCCACUGAGCAUAACACGCCUUAUGAUGAUAAUCUCUUGCAUGAUAAGCAGAAUAAUGAUUCAAAAAAUUCGCUAGAGAAUGCUUACGGUGGUAAUGAUGAAAGCGCAAAAAGUGGUGAUCAUAUUUUACCUGUCAUAAGGGGAGAUGCGGCCGAUACACUAGAUACUUUAUUCAAGUCAAAGAAGGAUUUCGUCAAAUCAAACAUCGUGGCGAGUUGCAUGGUGCCAAAGCGCCGCAAGGAUCAGCCGCAAUUAGCUACAGAUCGUAAGGACUUUGGCAAAACACCGAAAUACUUAUCUAAAGUGAAAGAAGAUAUUGAGAAGGAAAAGGAACAUUAUAGGUUGAUAGAGAGCUAUAAGGCGAGUCGCCAACAGCAAAUACGCAAUCAGUAUGUAUACAGGCUGGAUGAAUCUGAAAGAGCGGAGCUUGUUUCGAAGCUAAGCCAGAUGCUCAUAGAAAAGGAAACGGCUCUUAAUAAGGUACCAUUUCUAAAAUCUUCUGCCACAAUUUCCAAGAAGAAAAGUGAGCUUGAAAAGUCCAUCAAAGAUAUUGAGGUGGCUUUGCAGAAGCUCAAAAAAGAAGCUGUUUUUGUAUACAGCAGUGAUCCUGCACAUGAGCAAGUAUGUAAGAAUGCUGCGAUUGAAGAGGCACGGAGAUUCGCAGCUUCUAUUUAAACAAUUUUCUUUUCGAUAUAUGUGUACUUAGAUUAUCACUGAGCAUUGACGAUGUAUAGUUGAGUCACUACAUGUUUUUUUUUUGUGUGCAACACUACU